AUCUAAAAAUGAGGAGAAGCAGAGGAUUGACCGACCGUGGCCGUGGGAGUGAGCGCGAUGACGAGCGGCGGCGAGGUGAAGAAGGAAGGCGGCGCUCCGCGCGCGUCCUCGAAGCCCUGCGACGCCUGCAGCCUCUCCCCAGCUGUCCUCCACUGCCGCGCCGACGCCGCCUUCCUCUGCGGCGCUUGCGACGCCACCGUUCACGGCGCCAACGGUCUGGCCUCCUGCCACGCUCGCGCUUGGCUCUGCGAGGUCUGCGAGGCCGCCCCCGCCGUCGUGAUCUGCAAAUCCGACGCUGCCACCCUCUGCGCCACCUGCGAUGCCGACAUCCACUCCGCCAACCCCCUCGCCCGCCGCCAUCAGCGAGUCCCCAUCUCCCCCUUCCUAGGCCCCGCCGCCUCCUCCCUCCAGGAUGACGCCUCAGCCUAUUCUCUCCUCCACCAGGAGGCGACGCCGGCGCAGUUCUUCUUCUCCGACGCCGACGCCUACCUCGAUCUCGAUUAUGCCACGUCAGAUCAGGAGGAGACCAAGACCGUUAACGGAGCGGAUCCGUCCUGCCUCCGCUCGCCCGGCUGCAGCUACUUCGAUCUCAACGUGACCGGAUCCAAGCUCGAGUCCGAUGUUUCAUUUUCCCACAGCGAGUCAUCAGAGGCGGCGGUGGUGCCGGAUGUGUCGCAGGUGCCGUCAGCAGCAACGGCGUGUCUUCCGUGCACGGACCCGGCCAUGGCGCGCGCGGAGCGGGAGGUGAGGCUGAUGCGGUAUCGGGAGAAGAGAAAGAGCCGGCGGUUCGAGAAGACGAUAAGGUACACGUCGAGGAAGGCCUACGCGGAGGCGCGGCCGAGGGUGAAGGGGCGGUUCGUGAAGCGGGUCGAGGCUGAGAUCGACAGAAUCUACUCUUCGGCGGCGGAGGCGGUGGCGGCUCUCAUGGUCCCGCAGGAGGGUGACUACUAAACGAGUAAUAAAAUAAAACUAUAACUUUGAAUGUUAUGGCAAAUAAAUAUUGUUUCACUCUGUUAAUCUCAUAAAAAAACAAUAUUGUUAUAUUUUUACAAAAGAUAAGAAUUUAAAUCA